UGGUUGUAUGGCCAGACAUUGAACAACACAGUGGACCAAGUUUAUGCUUACGACAAAAUCCUGGCUUUGAGACCUUGCAUGUGUGUGAUUGUUUCAGCAAUCCGAGAUGGCCGUUACAAAGAGGAUUUGCUCCGGGUCACACAGGCAGGAGCAUGUGGACAUCCUGUUGUAGCUGGUUUUGUUUAGAACCCACCGCCACAGUGGAAGAAAACGUCAGCUCCUGGCGCCAGGCCUACACAAACUCGGUCUACAGCCAAUCCCUGACCUCUCCCGAACAUAUGUGCAAGGCCUGCGGAGGCCAAUUCGACACCAUCGCUCGGAAGCAUGUCUGCGUGGACUGCAAGAAGAACUUCUGCGGCCAUUGCUCUGUGCAGCUGGAGCCGCCACGCCCGCGCCUCUGCCACACAUGUCAGCACUUUCACGGAACACUAUUUGACCGCGCCCAGUUGAUGCGACUCAAGGUGCGGGAGCUGCGCGACUACCUCCACCUGCAUGAGGUGCCCACCCAGACGUGCCGGGAAAAGGAGGAGCUGGUUGAGCUGGUCUUGGGCCAGCAGACCCCUAGCACCAGCACCAGCACCAGCAGUGAGACCGUGUCCUCCCAGCCCACGGCUCACAACAACGUCCCUUCCCCAGGCACACCAUCCCCUCCCCAGACACAGGGCCCUAUCAGCCCCGACACAUUGAGCCCAGAGCAGCCAGAACAAUCAGCCCCCGAGGCAGAGCCAGAGUCAGAGCAGAUAUCUGAUGAGGAGGAUGAUGAAGAAGAGGAGGACGAAGGUGAAGAGUCGUCAGACAACGAGGAGACCCUGAUCCCCGGCCGGAGGGCCUCUCUGUCUGACCUGAGCUGCGUUGAGGACAUCGAGGGCCUGAGCGUGCGCCAGCUGAAGGAGAUCUUGGCCCGCAACUUUGUCAACUACAAGGGCUGCUGCGAGAAGUGGGAGCUGAUGGAGAGGGUCACCCGCCUCUACAACAACCAGAAGGACCUCCAGAACCAAGACCCUGUGGCUCCCAAGAGCCAGGAGGAGAACCUCUGUCGGAUCUGCAUGGACUCUCCCAUUGACUGUGUUCUGCUGGAGUGCGGCCACAUGGUCACCUGCAGCAAGUGCGGCAAACGCAUGAGCGAGUGCCCCAUCUGUAGGCAGUAUGUGGUACGGGCGGUACAUGUCUUCAGGUCCUGAUGCAUUGCCACAGGGAGGGACACAAUGGACAAAAUGGCAUUGCUGCCACCACUACUCAGUGAUAGCAUAGCUUACAAGAAUACACUAUAUAAAUGUGCACACUCACUCAUUCAAACAGUCUUCUUCAUACUGGGGUUCCAGAGAAAUAACCUGACUCAACUUUUCUGUGUUCUCUACUCUACCUGAACCUAUUGUUUCUGAUCUUUCAGUGUCUUACAAGAACUCAAGAUUUCAGUACAAUAAUCUUGUUAUUCAACUAGUUUUACUCUUGUUCAUAUCAAUAGCAAAACAGAGAGAGUGGCCAGAAUGGUGCUAUUUGACCAAUGGUGAACAACACUCAGGGCCCCAUUUUGAGAAUGCGAAUAAGCGGCGGUAAUGUAAGAGACCAAAAUUUGGAAAACCUCAAAACAGUUUAUUUCCAACCUUAUCGCCUCAAGCAAGCCUUGGAAAAAGCAGGCUUGAAUAUGACGGUGUGGAUAUUUAAUGCAGGCAAUGCAGUAGUUGUGUAAUUAGUGCAAUAAGUGGCGCACAGAAUAUAUAAAGUGCUAAGGUCUGUUUUGCGUCCUCCAAAUGACACUCUCUGACUUCAGUACCUGCAACCCAGCUGAUCUGUUAAUUGGUUUUGUGGUCCAGAGCUAUCUUUAGGUUGCAGUGCACUUGCUAAGCAUAGAACCCAGGCCUUAUUUGUCUUAUUGGCGAUCCUUCAGACACAGAGAUGUGUGGUGGUUGAACAUAGCAUCCUAGGAGUGGAAACAGCCCUUUAAAUGCAAUUGUCUGCAUGUAGCUCACCGAAAGUACUUGAGGGUCAAGGAGGCAUACAGCUUGGGUUAAUUUGCCCUUUUAUGGUCAAAAUACCCUUUAACUUGUAGAUAUUUUAUCAAAACUGGAAAAGAACACACAUUGACUUGACAGUUAAUAUACAGUUCUGUAAAUGAGCCACAAUGGGAACAUUUUCUGAAAUGUAAACCAUGCACAGUACGGUAGAUAUGCAUUUAUACAAAUUCUCUGGAUGUUGUCAAUUGUUUGCUGCUGUUUGAGGUUGGUUCUGUGACCUUAACCCAAAUUAGAUUUGAGGUAAAUAGAGCUGACAUCGUUUGGCAGUAUGUCUACAUUCUAAGGCGCUCACCAUCCCCCUCUUAUCAGCAAGUGCCCCAGAAUGGAAUGCUCAUUGACUACGCAGUGCACUGAAUGCACUCGUUUCCUAAUGACAAGUUGAUGUAUUAUGUUAACGUAUGUUUUGAUAAACUAGAAGUUUUCUGAAAAUGUA